UGUUGACAAUGGUAGCUAGUGACAGGUUAAAGAUCACUUUCCUCUCUCAGGGAUGUAGUUUUAUUUUCUCUCCCACUCCCUGUAUUUACUAUAAAAUAGAUACAAACUAGAAACUAUACGGGGUUAAUUUUAAAUCUCAAACCCCUUUUUCAAUAUGACACUUGAAGUCGCUCAUCUUGGAACGUUAGCUUGGAAGUUUAACCGUUGAAGUUACUCGCUAAUUAUCCAAAAAUGGCGGACGGUUUGUCUCGCAACAGAUUAUGUUAAUUUGCAUAUAGUUGAACAACAACGACCGACAGACAAGUAACGACAAGUCAGGGUUUUUUGAGUAUGCUUGUGACAUGCGCACAUACAACCACCACCACCACCAGCAGCAGCAGCGACCCACUGUCCGACACCGACACACCGUGAGGACGGACACCGAGAGACGUACCAACAGACGCGGGGAUGUAAAUGAGACGGACUCGGGCUUAGCGGGCACGGAGGAGGGCUGCUGUCAGAGAAUGCCACAGCAAGCGAACGCACCGUCGGCGUUAGCUCAUGAUUGUGAACAUUUAGCUCCUACAGACAUAGCGCUUAACAUUUCGUCGUGAUUUUUUUAAUAAUCUUAUUUAUUUGCAAGAGGAUCGUCCGGAGGACUACGUUAACCAUCCUGCAGCCGGCAUGCCUCCACCUCAGAGCCUUCAAUCCAGCGGACUGACCCUCUCAGAAACAAGCAUGGGUUCCUUUAAAAGGAGGAAGAGGAAAUCCAUAAUAGUGACGGUGAUGCUGCUCAUUGUAUCAGUGCUCAUCCUCAUCUUUGGCCUGGCAGCGACUACCAGGACACAGAACAUCACAGUGGGCGGCUACUAUCCAGGAGUCAUUCUGGGCUUUGGCUCUUUUCUGGGAAUUAUCGGCGCUCAUUUGAUAGAGAACAAGAGGCAGAUGUUAGUGGCGUCUAUUGUCUUCAUCAGUUUCGGAGUGGUGGCUGCCUUCUGCUGCGCUAUUGUUGAUGGAGUUUUUGCUGCCAGGCACAUUGACCUCAGGCCUCUGUAUGCUGGCCGUUGUGAGUAUCACUCCAGUGAGACAGCAUCUGACCGCGAUGUGCCCUGUAACCCACCGUCGCGCUCGCCCUGUAACCUGCGUGUGAAGAGUAACACCUGUUACUGCUGCGACCUCUACAACUGCGGAAAAGAACAUCCUCUUAUGGGACUUCAGAAUAAAGAUGUUUUGAAAAAGUUUAGGAAAUCAUCCAUGAUUUGGAACCGUGUUGACGUGAUGGGAGGCUACCACGAGUACACAGAUGUGAGGAGCUGCCAGGACGUGGUGCACCUCUAUCACCUGCUGUGGUCGGCCACCAUCCUCAACAUCGUGGCCCUGUUCCUGGGCAUCAUCACUGCUGCGGUGCUGGGAGGCUUCAAGGACAUGACUCCCUCUCCUGCCUCAGAGAGCUCAUCUGAGCCAGAGGCCAUCGCUCCAGUCCCCUCAGAGCCUCCUCCACCCACCACCUCUCUCAACUCAUAUUACAAUACUGCCCCCUGCCUGCCGCCUUACACUGCCUACGACGUGCAGGGCUCCUACAUGUUCCCUGACUCCUCUGGUCUGUCAGAUGACUCCCAGUCUGGAGCCAGCCACCUGUGGCCCACGAUGAUCCCGCCACGCUACUCCCCUCCUCACAACCAUCCCGAUGAGAAGCCCCCACCAUACAGCCCGUAAGAUGGCUUCAAGUAAAAAAAAAAAAAAAAGAAAAGAAAAGACAAAACACCUGAAACAUUAUCAGCGUGUUGUUCGAUGCUGAAUGAGUGGUUUGAAUGCACAACGCUUCUGGGCUUUUCCUCACAAUCGUUCAGGACUGCAGCGAAGGAGCGGUGGUGAGGAGGAGGAGGAGGAGGAGGAAGAGGAGGGCCACAGAGCUCACUACUUUGAGUUCAGCCCAACACCAAGGAGCGAGUGUUUUUCUCCCAGGGCGCCACUCACACCCUGGCCUGCAACUCUGUGUGUGUGUGCGCGUGUGUGUGUGCACAUACACAUCAAGAGAGAGACAACCAGUUCAAAGCCAGGACUGUUUACACAUCUAUCUGCCUUAAUGCAAAUGGACCUCCAGCGCAGCAUCAUGCUUUACAUUCACCUCUCUCUAGUACGUAGUGUAAAUGCUUCCUGCCUACAGGGGUACUGAUGAUAACAUCUUUGCUGCCUGCACUGUGAGGAUCUGGACUGAUUAGCACAGCUACGACCCUCAUGUGAGAUUAACGCAGAGUUAGAUGAAAGCUUCAGUGUUUUUCCCAGAAAAGAAUUUUAAAAAAAUCUGUAGAGUUGUAGGCCCAAGCUGUUGUUCCUUUAGCGGUUAAUAGUGUCAGUGUACAUUAUCAAGGGCAAAGUUAGCAGUAACAGAGGUAUUACAUGCUCAUAAUGUAUGUACAGCAGUAUGAUAUACAGAUGCUCCUUUAGCACAGGUAGGCCUAAGGUAUGCAAACAGAUCAUGGUAUCUUAUUUAUCAACUCUUCACUUUAUGUCAAAGAAUAUCCUGAUCAGUGUGUGGUGAACUUUGCAGAGCAGUGUUAAUGAAGAAAUAAGCUAUCCUACCUCGUCGUCGAGGAAAUACAGUUAACAAUUACACUCCAAACCCUAUUUAUUGUAUUUUCCACUAAAAGCCGCAAAGCAGGUUAAGCAUACGUACGUCUCUCUCUUUGUAAGUAGUACUCAUGUCACAUCUGCAAGUUGAAAUAAGCUGUUAUAAUCAUUAGUGAGAGUGUGAACAGUCAGUGCUGGAUUCACUGAUAAGGGAUGGGAGCUCAUGAAAAGUCACAGAACUGAUGGCAGAAGUGUAAACUUAACUCCAUGUCCAUGAAACCGGUCUCUGUCAGCUUUAAUCACCGCUUUUUAUAAUUUAAACAACACAUUCUCAGGGGCUGAUAAAAGUGUCAGUUCCUUUUUUUUUGUCUUGCCAUUAAAAAUGGUUUUGUGUAACUCACA